CUCGGUCCCCUUUCCUGCCUUCGAGCCAUGGACUCCUUGCACAACCUCGUCCUCUCCCUCAUCACGACUGAUUCUCUUCUCAACAUUCGAUUUCUUAUACCUCACGAUCUUCAAAGGGAUCUUUGUCCAUCCUCAUCCGGCCUCCCUACUCUCCCUUGGCUCUCGCGAACACCGCCUCCAUCACAGUCUUUCACUCGUAGCGCCACUUCCAGCAUAAUCCUCUUCUGCCCUCUCUCGACCCAUUAAACCCCCCCACCAUCGCAUCAUCUCAGUCAUGAAAUCAUUCGCCUCAAUCGGCGUAACCUGUGCUACCCUUCUGGCAGCCUCGUCUGCCUUCGCCCACGGCCUCAGCGGCUCGCAGAGUCUUCGUAGCCACGCCCAGAAGCGUGAUGCGAGCACAUUGAUGAGCGGUGGCACCAACAAUGAGGGCGAGCAGCACGGCAAGGUAGACGUACCCAAGGGAGCUGUCUUUUCGUCGCUCCCCGUCGGUACCGGUGGCGAGGAGGUCGCCGUCUUCUGGACGAAGAAUCCAAAGAACGAUACGGCCACUCACGCCUACGUAAUGAUCCACGGCAAGAUCCGAAAUGGCAAUGAGUACUGGACGACGAUGGACGAUGCGCUGAACAGCGCCGUCAAAGACGACUACAAGGGUGCUCAUUCCGACGACAUCGUCACUGCGCCUCAAUUCUUUAGCACCAAGUACAACUCGGGCCAAUACACCGAUGAGCAGCUCGCCUUUGGCGAUACCAAUGGCUGGCAAGCAGGUGACCCAGCCACGCACCCUGCGGGCACCAAGUUGACGUCCAUCGAUGCCCUCGAUGCCUUUGUCGAUGAAUUCGCCAACACGUCUAAGUACCCGCAAAUGAAGAAUCUGACCAUCGUCGGCCAUGGUGGUGGAGGCCAGCUUAUCGCUCGCUACGCCCAAGUAGCUAAGGACCCGCCGUCAAACCUCCACGUCCGCUACAUCAUGGGCGACCCGUCCUCGAACCCGUACUUUACGACCGACCGCCCAGAGACUGAUCCUGAGAUCGCUCAGACCAAGACCUGCCCAUACUACAACACCUGGCGAUACGGCUACGACAACUUCACGGGCACCGCGGCGGGCAAGUUCACCCCUCAGCAGUACUUUGCGUCCUACAUUCGCCGCGACGUGAUCAGCAUCGUCGGCUACCAAGAUGUGCAGGACGCAGGCGACUCUUACUGCAUGGCCGAGCUCCAGGGUGGCCACAAGCGACGUGAUCGCAAUCUCUGCUGGUACCAGUACGUCAACGGCCUCGCGAGGACUGACGAAGACCUCUCUGGCUUCCCCUGCAACUUUACCAACUUGCCAGACUGGUCGAAUAUGUCUGCCAACGCCAUCUCGACCCGCCUUGUCGUUGUUGAGGACGCUGACCACGACGCUGCCGAGGUCUUUGGCAGUACUGAGGGACGCAGCGCCCUCUUCGAUGACAAGAACAUUGCCACCGGUUGGAGGCCGAAGGGAUGGAAGGCCUCGACCAAGGCUGUCUCGCCUGGGGACACGGUUAUUCUUGGCGCCAACGGCUCAUCGAAUUCUUCGGGCUCGUCUGACAGCAAGCAGCAGACCAACUCGACGUCCAAGUCUGGCGGCUCAUCAGCUGCAGCCGGCUCUGCUUCUCUUGGACACUCAUACAUCGCGCUGGCCGCGACCCUCACGCUGCUUGGUACCGGAACCGCUGCGCUCAUUUAGACUUAGAGACAAAGUCGCUCAUCUGGACCCGCCAGCUUUUCUGAGAAGGUCAAGUUAGACGGAUCGCAGCGACGGCACACUAUUGCUUCGAGAGCAGUAGCAGCUUAGCCUAGCUCAUGCACAUGGACAAUGUAGACAAGGCUCGCGCGCUUCCCUUCCUCUCUUCCAAUCACGAG